CACUUCCGGUCUGUUCCUGUUCCGUCUGUGGCUCGUUGCACACUCUCAAUUCUGUUUGUGCUGUUUUCGGAUAAAUAAUCAUGUCCCUGGAAGUGGAAUCCGCAGACGUGAUCCGUCUGAUUAUGCAGUACUUGAAAGAAAACAACUUGCACCGAACUCUUGCCACACUGCAGGAGGAGACCACCGUGUCUUUGAACACGGUGGACAGUAUAGAGAGCUUCGUGGCAGACAUCAACAGUGGCCACUGGGACACUGUCCUGCAAGCCAUCCAGUCCCUCAAGCUCCCGGAUAAGACCUUGAUAGACCUUUAUGAGCAGGUUGUGCUCGAGCUGAUUGAGUUGAGAGAGCUGGGAGCAGCCCGUUCACUCCUCAGGCAGACAGACCCCAUGAUCAUGCUCAAACAGAACCAGCCGGAGAGAUACAUCCACCUGGAGAACUUGCUGGCUCGGUCUUAUUUUGAUCCCAGAGAGGCAUACCCAGACGGCAGCAGUAAGGAGAAGCGUCGGGCGGCCAUCGCCCAGGCUCUGGCUGGAGAGGUCAGCGUGGUGCCGCCGUCUCGUCUCAUGGCUCUGCUGGGACAGUCUCUGAAGUGGCAGCAGCAUCAGGGUCUCCUCCCGCCUGGUAUGACCAUCGACUUGUUCCGAGGUAAAGCUGCCGUGAAAGACGUGGAGGAGGAGCGCUUUCCGACUCAGCUCACCAGACACAUCAAGUUUGGACAGAAAUCUCACGUGGAGUGUUCCCGAUUCUCCCCUGACGGUCAGUAUCUGGUCACUGGAUCUGUGGACGGCUUCAUUGAGGUGUGGAACUUCACCACAGGCAAAAUCAGAAAGGAUUUGAAAUACCAGGCUCAGGAUAACUUCAUGAUGAUGGAUGACGCAGUGUUGUGUAUGUGCUUCAGCCGAGACACAGAGAUGCUGGCCACCGGAGCCCAGGAUGGAAAGAUCAAGGUGUGGAAGAUCCAGAGCGGUCAGUGCCUGAGGAGGUUUGAACGUGCACACAGCAAAGGAGUAACGUGUCUCAGCUUCUGUAAAGACAGCAGCCAGCUCCUCAGCGCCUCCUUUGACCAAACCAUCAGAAUUCACGGACUGAAAUCGGGUAAAACUCUGAAAGAGUUCCGCGGCCACUCCUCGUUCGUAAACGAAGCCACGUUCACUCCAGACGGCCAUCACAUCAUCAGCGCCUCCUCCGACGGCACGGUUAAGGUGUGGAACGUAAAGACCACCGAGUGCUCCAGCACCUUCAAGCCUCUGGGCACGUCGGCCGGCACCGACAUCACGGUGAACAACGUCAUCCUGCUGCCCAAGAACCCCGAGCACUUCGUCGUGUGUAACCGCUCCAACACGGUGGUCAUCAUGAACAUGCAGGGCCAGAUCGUGAGGAGCUUCAGCUCCGGUAAGAGGGAAGGCGGUGACUUUGUGUGCUGCACCCUGUCGCCCCGAGGCGAGUGGAUCUACUGCGUGGGUGAAGACUUCGUGCUCUACUGCUUCAGCACGGUCACCGGCAAGCUGGAGAGAACGCUGACGGUCCACGAGAAGGAUGUGAUUGGCAUCGCCCACCACCCCCACCAGAACCUCAUCUCCACCUACAGCGAGGACGGCCUGCUGAAGCUCUGGAAGCCCUGAAGCCUCGUCCAGGAGGAGAAACGGACCUUCUCGCUCAGCAGCUCGCCGCCUCUCAGCUCUGUUUUGGUCAUUUUUCAAACCCGUGGAGGAUCUCGAGCACAUGUGGAAUUUCACAUUAGCAUCGACGAGAACAGAUGCGUGGAAUGAAAAAAGAUGGUUUUUGUAUCACUGAAAGCUAAAAGUGGGAAAACUCACAGCAGGUUGACACAACAGAGCCUUAUUCACGCCAGAUUCUAAUCGAUACCUUAUUUACAUUGUUUUACGACGUGGUUUGAUAUGUAUGUCAUAAACUAAGAGUGCCUGUUGUGUGUAAACGUGUGUUUGUUUGUUUUGUUUUUUUAACACUUUCUGCACUCAUCCCAGAAAACACAGGACGUGUGAUCAUCCCAACCUGACAGAUACUUUUUAAUUUAAGAUCUGAACAGUGAAAAACUGUCAUUCAUAACACAUUUUAAGCCACUGUCCAGUAAAUAAGGCUCUGCUGUUCAACUCCUGGCUUGGCUGCCUCUCAGCUAUGAAUUUACACCAAAUGUUCACACUCUGCAUCCUUCACUGUGUUUCAUACACUGACCAAACAGGACGGACAGGAGUUCAGUGAGGACUGUAGAUACAAUUAUUUCCUGUCUUCACAUUUUAUUUUUUGUAAAUAUUUUUUAUUAGUGUUUUUUCCAAGAAGACCUGGUUAAAUAGUGACUUUUCUGAAUUGAUUUGCUGAAAUGUUAUUUUCAGUCACAGCCAGCAGUUGCAUCCGUUCAGACAUCAUUGUCGAUCAUUACAAUUUAUAAUUUUUUAAAAAAAGGAUUUUCUCACUUUGUGUCUCCCGUUUUUGGAUUUUCUUUGUCAUUCAUUUGAAUUUCCCACAAAUUCAGACGUUCCAGACCUGAACUGUGCAGAUGAGACUUUUCUUUAUCUGAGCCAAUAAAAGCUAUUUGACCAGA